AUGACAAAGCCCAACUUCGAACUGUUCGUUAACAUAAAUGAGGCUAUUGGAAAACUAAAAAGUUUCAACUUCCCCAACCUGAAGAACCUCAUCUCCAGCAGCGCCCAGGACUUCCCAGAAAAGGUUAAACAGAGUUUAAGGGUCAUAGGGAAUAGCAGCAAUAUAAUGUUCAUCAAUAAAAAGACGACGAUCCUAACGCAUAGCAACUCCGAAUGUGUAAAAAGCUUGCUACUGAAUGUUGUAAAGAAUCAAAUGAAGCACGUGAGUGUGUACUUUACCUGCACAGAACAUAUCUGUAAGGACUACUUAAAGAAGGACAAAAAAUUCGACGAUAAGUUUGUUGAAGAUUUGCAGAGGGAACAUAUUCAAGUAACCAAAAUUGACCUUGACAACGUUAAGGAUGUAUUAAACACAAUCGAUUUUGUGGUCAUAGGAACAGAACUCGUAAUCGACAAUGGAGGAAUUAUUAACAAGAAAGGUAUUAAACAGCUAGCCGAAUUGUGUACAUCAAAUAAAAAAGAAUUUUAUGAGUUUUACUCGUAUUGUACGGAAAAUACAGCUAGCGAAGGUAGAAAUUUGUAUGAAUUUCUUCCCCACCAUUUUAUUACUCUUUUUUACACAGACAUUGGAAUUUUCCCCCCCUCAGCAAUUUCGUACGAACUGAACAAAUUGUACAUCAACGAUGUUAACUGA